AUGGGAUUUUAUGGCUCUCUUGCUGUGCCGGAGAUUCUUCAGCUUGAGCUGCUAGCUAUUUUUAAUGGUUUGAGCUUGGCUUGGGAUAAGGGCUUCCGCAUUGUUGAGUGCUUUUCGGACACCCAGGAUGCGUUAUCCUUGGUUUUUCCGGGGCCUUCUCCCCGACAUAGUAUUGCGCCGCUUAUGUGGGAUAUUAAUGACUUAUUGGAGUGUCCGUGGAUGGUGGAUCUUAAGCAUACCCUGCGUGAUGAAAAUGCUUGUGCAGACUUUUUGACUAAGCUAGGAGCUCAUCAGGAAGGCCCUUUGAUUUCGGUGAUGGCUCCUCCUAAGGGCUUGGGUACUUUGCUGUUAGCUGAUUCCAUGGGGGUCUCAUUUGUGAGGCCGUAG